AUGGCGCAGGACGAGAAGAAGCCCACCGCGGCAGAAAAGGGCAAAGGGAAGGCGGAGGAUGUGCCAAUGGCGAACGGAGAACACACAGCGGUACAGGAGGAUAAGAAGAAAGCAGAUGGCAAGCAUGACGAGCCUGCGGUCGAAGAAUUGAGCGAAGAGGACCAACAACUCAAGAGCGACCUCGAAAUGUUGGUUGAACGAUUAAAGGAAGACGAUCCCUCGCUGUAUAAGCCUUCGAUUGACGCCAUCAAGAACUUCAUCAAAACAUCGACCUCCUCCAUGACGGCUGUCCCCAAACCUCUCAAGUUCCUACGCCCUCAUUAUGACGAGAUUGCUGCUCUUUACGAUAAAUGGCAAGCUGGUCCCGACAGAGACUCACUUGCCGACAUGCUGUCAGUGCUGGGCAUGACUUAUGGAGAAGAAGACAAGCUGGAGACGUUGAAAUACAGGCUGUUGUCAAAUAAAUCGGACGAUCUGGGGUCGUGGGGCCAUGAAUACAUCAGACAUCUCGCACUGGAAAUUGGCCAAGAAUACCAGAAUCGCUUAACGGACGAACGAGAGGUUGGCGACCUGACAGAACUCGCUCUCUCUUUGGUGCCGUAUUUCCUAAGCCACAAUGCUGAAGCGGAUGCCGUGGACCUACUGAGCGAGCUCGAGAUGAUUGAAGAGAUUCCCCGAUUUCUGGACGAGAAUACCUUUGCGCGGGUCUGUCUGUACAUGGUCAGCAUGGUCAAUCUCCUCACGUACCCCGACGACGUUGCCUUCCUCAAAACCGCACACGAUAUCUAUGUCAAAUACAACAAGCUUGCUCAAGCAAUGGUUUUGGCAAUCAGACUGAAUGACCACGAGCUCAUACGACAAGACCUGGAAUCGACAGAUGACGUUGCAUUGAAAAAGCAACUGGCCUUCCUGAUUGCUCGGCAGAGAAUAUCGAUAGACGUCCCAUCCGAGACGAAGGACGAGCAAGAAAUCGCCGAGUGCCUCGGAAACACCCAGCUACCGAACCAUUUCAAGACCCUUGCCAAAGAGUUGAACAUCCUGGAGCCCAAGGUACCAGAAGAUAUUUACAAGACACAUCUGGAGAGUGGUCGAGGAAGCUCGGCGGCUGCAGAUUCGGCUAAACACAAUCUGGCGAGCGCAUUCGUCAAUGCCUUUGUCAAUGCAGGAUAUGGUACGGACAAGCUAAUGCUGGUAGAAGGUGAGCAGCGGCCGUGGGUGUGGAAAACCAAGGACGAUGGCAUGCUCUCCACCACCGCAUCCCUGGGCAUGCUCAUGCAAUGGGACGUCGAAGGGAGCUUAGACAUCAUCGACAGAUUCCAACAAUCGUCAGAAGAGCCAAUCAAGGCUGGUGCACUCCUCGCGUAUGGCAUUGUAAACUCUGGAGUCCGAAUGGAGGGCGACCCUGUCAUUUCACUUUUGAGCGACGACGAUAUUCUCCAGAGCCCGAAGCCAUCGACACGCAUGGCCGCCAUCAUGGGUCUGGGUCUGUCAUAUGCUGGUUCGAACCGAGAAGAUCUGCUCGAUUUCUUGUUGCCCAUUGUCGAGGAUAGCGGCUCGGAGAUCCAAUUGUCUGCCAUGGCUGCCGUGUCUCUGGGAAUGAUUUUCGUGGGUUCGUCGAAUCAUCAAGUGGCCGAAGCGAUCGCAACCCAGAUGAUGGACGACGACCGGCAAAAGCAGCUCAAGGAUAAAUGGGCAAGGUUCAUGGCUCUCGGACUGGCCCUGCUCUACUUCGGCCGACAGGAGGAAGUCGACGUCAUCCUGGACAUUCUCAAAGCCGUCGAGCAUCCCAUGGCAAUGCCAACAGCCACCCUUGCAUCUGUUUGUGCUUGGGCUGGAACUGGAGCCGUGCUCAAGCUGCAGGAGCUUCUCCAUAUCUGCAAUGACCACAUUGAGGAAAAGGAGGAGACCACAGGCGAGCAACUCGUGCAGUCCUAUGCAGUUCUCGGUCUGUCGUUGAUCGCCAUGGGUGAAGACGUUGGGCAGGAGAUGGUCCUACGCCAGUUUGGUCAUCUGAUGCAUUACGGGGAGGCCAACAUUCGGAAAGCUGUGCCACUCGCCAUGGGCCUGAUCAGCCCAAGCAACCCUCAGAUGAAGAUCUAUGACACUUUGUCGAGGUACAGCCACGAUAACGACAACGACGUUGCAGUCAAUGCCAUCUUUGCAAUGGGUUUGGUCGGAGCAGGAACAAAUAAUGCUCGUCUUGCGCAGCUACUGCGACAGCUCGCCAGCUACUAUCACCGGGAUCAGAACUCGCUCUUCAUGGUCCGAAUCGCUCAGGGUUUGCUCCACAUGGGCAAGGGCACCAUGUCCCUCAACCCCUUCCAUACCGAUCGACAAGUUCUGUCGAGAGUAGCGGCGGCAGGUCUUCUCACAGUUCUCGUCUCCCUCAUCGACUCGAAACAAUUCAUCCUCGCCGACGCUCACUACCUUCUCUACUUUUUAGUUACCGCAAUGUAUCCCAGAUUCCUGGUGACCUUGGACGAAGAACUGAAACCACUUACGGUUAACGUACGUGUGGGUCAAGCGGUGGAUGUGGUCGGACAAGCUGGACGACCGCGCACCAUUACUGGCUGGCAGACUCAGAGUACGCCGGUUCUGUUGGCGUAUGGCGAGCGAGCUGAGCUGGAAGACGAGGAAUACAUUUGUUUGAGCAGCACGCUGGAAGGACUAGUUAUCCUGCGCAAAAAUCCGGAAUGGGAGUCCACCAAAUAG